UGCAUAAAAAGGAUUCAUUUCUGUCUAUUCUCAUCAGUAAUCGUGAGAAAAUUUUCUAUAUUUAAUGGAUAAACUAAAUUCUAUUCUCUUGUUAGUUUUUGUGUAUCUGCAGCGCAUCUACUAACUGUUCUUUAAAUUUAGAUGAUAAUUUGAUUCCAUUAAAAAAAACAUUUUGUGGUGCUCAUUCAUUGUCUGAAAUUGAUUUAGUUAGUUCUAAUAUUCAAUUAUUAGAUAUAUGUAAUUUUGAUCAAUUACCAUCGUUAAAACGUCUUUCUCUCAUGGAUAAUCCACUUUAUUGUAGUUGUUCAUUAUUCUAUUUAAAAUAUGGUGAUAUUUAUCGUUUAUUAUUAAAUGAGGAUUAUGAUGAUGAUGAUCAAAUUGAUACAGAUUUAGGACAAUGGUUAAAACCUGAACUUAGACGUCACAUUGAUAUGGCGUAUAUACGAGGAAAUUUAAAGCGUCCACCUAUCGAAUUUUCCCUGUUUUCACGAUGUUCACAGCCAAAUGAAUGGAAAGAUUUAGAACUCAUAAAUAUUACUCGUGUAUCAAAAAUUUGCCGUCAAGAGUGGCAAACAAUUCAAAAUAGUUGUCAAAAAUAUUGUGAUCAACGUGAUAGAACACCUAUAAUAUCGAAUAAACUGACGACUAUAAAUCCAGUAAUAAUAAAUCGUUCAUCAUCAUUUGUAGUUCGAUUUCAUAUAUUAGUCGAAGCGGUGAAGACUAAUCUUAGAACCGAUCCCAUGUCAACCGACGCAUCAAUGGAUCGGCAAAACUAUGAAACUGCUGACGAAACUACUGAUGUUAAGAAAGAAAAUGGUGAUCAGUCCGAACGACAAGAACCCAAACUAGCCACAGUUAAAAUGUUUUUUCAACCAAGCGGUCAAAUUGUACCGGUUGCCUUUUCUCUUUUGUCACCAAUUGAAGAACUACUAUAUCAUUUUGCCAAAGAAUUAAGAAUGAAUGCUGAUAUAUUAGAAAUUAGUCACAAAGGUGUUCCAUUAAAGCCAAAUUUAAAUUUAUCCGAAAUCGAUGUUGAACCGAACACAACAGUGAAUUUAGAAUUAAGAUCAAAAGAUCCGAAUGAACCACUAAGGCAAUAUAAACCUCGCCAAGAUUAUUCAAUGCCCGAUGUUAUUACAGUUCGAUUAGAAGAAGGACCAAGUAUCAGUCGUGAUGUUGUGGUUGAAAUUGAACGCAAUCAUAUACGCAAACCUUAUCUAGGUGGGAUGAGACAUCGUUUAUCUGGCAAAGAAUUUCAUCACGCAUCAGCUCAAACAUUACCACCACAACGGCCUGAUAAAGGUAUCAUACGUGUUUGUCGCGAUACACAAACGAUAAAAUCAAAACAUCGACCAGUUCAAACAUUAAACGAUAUGUCAACGCAGAUGACAAAACCGGGUGUUUAUAUAUCAGAAGAUAAUGAUCGCUGUUUAACACCAAAAAGAUAUCAAACGGCUGAUGAAAAACUUACAAUUUUAACAGAAAAAGUACUAGUUAACACAAAAAAAUUGUCUAAACAAUAUAAAAUGUCUCUUGCUUAUUUCAAGGCUAUUAUAAUACAGAAAUAUUAUCGUAGAUGGUUGGCAAAACGCGAUGUGAAUACACUUCGUGAAGGUCCAGUAUUUUUACAAUAUUUUUUAUAUGUCAAAUAUGUACAAUUCUGUAUUUUUCUAGCAUUUCAUACACGUGUGCAAUAUGAAUUGGAUCAAAAACAAAAACAACACGAUGAACGGCAAGACCGAUUUCAGAAUGAUCUUCAGAGACGACUUCAUCCUCGUACAAAAGAUGAUUUUGAUGUUGUCUAUUCUGCUCUUGAAAAAUGGCGUGAAGAAGAAAUUGCAAAAAUAAAUGCCACGAAACAAGGAGCCGCUAGAAAAGCAGCACUAGCAAUUACACCUUAUUCUAUUCGUGCUCGUGAAUUAAUGCAAAUCUAUAAUACAAUAACCAUGAAAUUCUUAACAUUAGACGAACGUUUGGAUAUACUUUUAACAUUAAAACAUACCGUAAAAGAACACGAAUGUCGUCUAACACAAGAAAUAAUUCAAUUGAUCGAUCGAGAAGCUGAUUUAUUAAUGCGCGGUGUUAAAGAAGAAAAUUUAUCUGGUCUAAGAAAACGAAUAUCAACGUUAUUUUUACAAUAUAUAAAAACGCCAACGUUCAAUCCUGGUGUAGUUCGACACUUAAAGGUACCGCAAGAUCCAAUUGUAGUUGAACAAAAAACACAUUAUUGUCGAAGUUGUCAACAGUAUUAUCCGUCAACAGAAUUCACUGUUAGUACUACAAAUGUUAAAAUAGGAAAAUGUCGACAUUGUUUGAGAUUAGAAAAUAUUGCAAACAAACGUUCCGAUCAUACAAAAUACAAAUUUUUGCUUAAAAAAGUUGAAAAAGAGGAAUAUACCUACAAUGAUGGAGCACAAUGUGUCUUUCACUUAACUGUCAGUGAUAUUGAAUAUUUAUAUAAAAGUAUCUGGGAUGGUCAUUCAGCUUUAAGUGAAGAAGGGGAUGUGUACAAUUUAACCUUUGUACGCUGGAAUAAAAGAACUGAGUUCACUCCGUGGAAUUGUAUUUUGUUGACGUUAAAUGAAGCAAUAGCUCACUUAAAAAUUGACGAUCUUGAUGGGAGUUAUAGUGAACCAUUUUGUAAAAAAAUUCGUUAUAAACAUGCCAUUGCCAGAGCACAUUUUUCAAAAUUAGUUGAAUAUAUGAAAAAUAAUCGUCCAGCGUCUGAUGUUGGUAUCACUGGAAUUAAAGUUUUAAAUACCGAUCGUCUUGUAGCCAAUGCUAAUGCUUAA